AUGAGUUUGAUUCAAGAGGUUGGAUUAAUGAAAAUUGUAACUGGAUUUGGAAAGUGUUAUGAAAUGCUUAUUAGAGAAUUUAUUGUGAACAUCUUUAAGGAAUGUGAUAACAAGAGGAGCAAGGAAUUUAGAAAAAUAUAUGUCAGAGGAAGAUGUGUGGAUUUUUCUCCUGAAAUAAUAAAUAGGUUUUUAUGCAGAAAUGAAGAAGAACAAGCUAAAGUAAAAGUCUCUGACAAUGUUAUCUGUAGAGAAAUUACUACUAAACAAGUAAAGGAAUGGCCAAGGAAAGGGAAGUUGUCCGCAAGGACCAAGUCAAGUUUUGAUUUUGGAUCCUAUGUCUUUGAUCAAACUAUGAAGCAUGAUGCCUCUUAUGCUGUGAAGAUGUCAAUAACUUUUCCCUCAUUGAUCUAUGGUGUUAUUCUGAGUAAACACCCAAGUAUCUUAACCAGUUCUCAAAAAAUCUGCAAAAGAGACCCUCCUUUCACAUUACAUUAUAGGUUGUUCAUUGGGAAACAUGUUCCAGACACUGUCUUGACAUCUGGACAAACAGCUUUCAGGCCCACUACUAGAACAGGAAUCCUUGCUGAGCUAAAAGAUACCUGCAAGAUCUUGGAUGAAACUAUCAAAAGUUAUACUGAGAGGAAACACAAGAUUGAGAUGUUGAUAAAAGCCUUGUCUGAAGAAUAA